CUUGGCUGACAUUGUUACCCGUAUCCACAUAUCUAUAUAUACAACUUUUACUUCCAAGACAUAAGUCCCAUCCAAUUAUAUUGAUAGUUGAAUCAUGUCUCGACCAACCUACACCCUCGCAGAAGGCCAACCCCUCUCCGACCCAUCCAUCAGUCUCACCCUCCCCACCAUCGGCGGCGGCGCCCACACCACUCUAGGCGAUACUCUCCUCCUGGAAACCCUCGCGCACUUUAACCGGGAACGGAUCCCUGAACGUGUCGUCCACGCCAAAGCCGCCGGCGCGUGGGGUGAAUUCGAAGUGACCAACGACGUAUCCGCCCUGACAGCCGCGAAAUUCCUCAACGGUGUUGGCAAAAAGACAAAGGUGCUUUUCCGGCUUAGUACCACGGGUGGCGAGAAAGGGAGCGCGGAUACGGUGCGGGAUGUGCGGGGGUUCUCGGUCAAGUUUUUUACCGAGGAGGGGAAUCAUGAUAUUGUGGGGAAUCAUAUCCCCGUCUUCUUCGUCCGGGACCCCGUUCGCUUCCCGUCUUUAAAUCGAAGCCAUAAACGCCAUCCCGCGACGAAUCGGCCGGAUUGGACGAUGUUCUGGGACUUCCACACUAAUCAACCUGAAAGCGUCCACUCCCUCCUCCACCUCUUCGGCAGCCGAGGCAUCCCGUCCUCUAUCCGCGCCGUGACCGGGUUCGGCGUACACACAUUUAAACUUGUCGCCGAGGAUGGAUCCUUUCGAUACUGUAAAUUCCAUUUCCGACCGGUUCGCCCUAUCACGCAUUUCUCUGGGCCAGAGGCGUCGCGAUUAGCGGGGGCGAAUGCCGACUACCAUACCCAGGAUCUGUGGGAUGCGAUUACUCGCGGGGAGUAUCCGGUGUGGAAGCUGUGCGUGCAGGUCAUGGAACCGGAGCGGGCGGAGAGGUUUGGACGCGGGCUGUUUGAUAUUACCAAGGUUUGGUCGCAGAGGGAGUUUCCGUUGCUCGAGGUGGGAAGGAUGACCUUGAAUCAGAAUCCGGAGAAUUACUUUGCGGAGAUUGAACAGGCCGCGUUUUCGCCGUCGAAUAUGGUCCCGGGGAUCGCCAUGACGCCGGAUCCGAUGUUGCAAGCGCGGAUGUUUGCUUACCCCGAUGCGCAACGGUACCGUCUCGGGGUGAAUUACACCCAGCUUCCGCCCAACCGGGCCAUCUGUCCGGUCUAUGCACCGUAUGAGCGAGAUGGCUUUGCGACCACGACGAGAAACUACGGCGGGGAUCCGAAUUACGUGCGUAGCUCGCUCUCCCCGGGUGUGGUGAAGCCCACUGCGGCUCAGGUCCGCCACCACGAGCGCAUCCCGUCGUUUGUGCUGGGACAGCAUGAGAUCCCGGUGGAUGAGGAGGAUUUUGUGCAGCCGCGAGACCUGUGGAAUCGCGUGUUUGAUGAGUCGGAGAGACGCACUUGGGUUGCGACUGUGGCGGAGACGCUAGGAGAAAUCCCGACACCGCUGACCGAGGCGGUGGUGGAGAUGUUUGGUCGGGUGGAUGCCCGCUUGGCGCGGAUGUUGGGCGCCAAGGUGAAGGACAUUUCGCGGCUGUAGGGCUGCUUCCUGGUGGUUUUGUGUGUUAGGGCAUAGCGUCUACUAGGGUAGCGAAUGAGACGAGUUGG